GGGAAAGGAAAAGCGACGGAGAAUCGAGCGAGGAGUGCAAGAGGAAGAGGAAGGGGACGUAGUUACGACAGUCGAGAUGUAGACUCUCAAGCGGGGCAGGUCGACCUGAAUGACGAUCUUGAGCUCGCGGGGGAUCGAGAUGAGGAACAGGCCAAUGAGGCGGGUCGGUCUGACAUGUUCGAUCUUCUCCUAGUGAUAUGGUUCACGAUAUCGCACAUGCAACGGGUGGGGCAUCGUCUGUAAGGGCUGUUACCGCAAGAGAGCAAGCGUUGCUGGAUCCGCUUCAAUCGAUCAGAGACGAUCUCCGUGCAGCAAGAGGUUUCAAACGCCGCAAGGGAGGCAAGAGAGGUGCCCGCUCCAAGAAGAUUCCACCGGAAUUAGAGGAACUGAAUACCAAUCUCCUGAUGGCUUUCGUCGUGGGUGACUUCAAUACGACGUUCAAGUAUGCCAUGGAGAUGAUCAGGAUCGAUGCCGAAAUCCCGGUGGCAUGGACAUGUCUAGCUGGAGUACACGAGGACCGAGGGGACCAUGACAAGGAGAUCGGUUGUCGGCUGAUACAUGGACAGUUGAUGAAAGAUGCGACGACCUGGACAAAUGUCAGAGAGCAUGCACACGAUCGGGGUAGCUAUGAAGUAGCCAAAUACGCCCAGAAGCGAGCACUGUCGACGGACCCAUGGAACCCCGAAGUCUUGCUUGAAGCGGGAAAAUACUUGACAGAGAUGCGAGACGAUAAGAUGGCCUUGAAGUGUUUUCGAAGGUUGUUCACGCUAAGGCCCUAUGAUAUUCGCGGUCUCAAGCAAUGCACUUACAUCUACGGAUCCGGCUCGGCCGAGGUUGACAUUUGGGAAGGCGUACACUACCUUGUCAACGCUUUCGAGUGGCACAUCAAGACCUUUGCGGGCCCCGAAGACGAGGGCGAAGACAACCAGAUGGAUAGGGAAUAUCUCCAGCUCCUAGUCGACCUGUUGAUUUUCGCGCGAGAUUACGAUCUCGCCGCGACAGUGCUGAAAAGAGGUGAACGAUGGCUGCAAAAACGCUCGAGGCAGAUCUUCUGGGACAAACUGGAAGACGACAGCGAGUACGAUCCUGCCGGAGCGGAAAGGGCAGAGGAAAACAACGUGACGGAAGAUCGCGAGGGAUAUGAACUGGAGGUCAGCAUGCGUGCGAGGCUCGCGGUGAUACGAUUAAAGUUGGGACACGACGAAGAUGCCAACAUUCAUAUCCGAACGAUUCGCGAAAACAAAACGGAUAAAUUGGACAAAGUAAAAACGGAUAAAUUGGACAAAGUUCUCGCUGGGCUCUGGGCCGAUAUUGCAAAAGCUCUUAUGGGACGCGCACGCUACCUGGAAGCCUUGGAAAUGCUGCAAGCGGCAUACGAGGCGUUACCCAAUCCAGCACCACCUGUUGACGUACAAGAUCAGACGGUGAUGCAGACCUACACGGACGAAAAGGCCGCCUUGGCAGACUGUUUGAUCAAUAUCGGGAUAUGCAACCAACGCCUGUUACAGUACGAUCAGGCUAUUGAGAUCUUCAGAGAAGUGCUGUCGGACCAACCAAACGACGAUGCAACCAAAUCGAAACUCGCCUCUGCACUGGAAGAUCGGGCCGGUCCUGGCGACCUGAAGAAGGCUCUAGAAUUAGUCAAAGAAGUUCGCAAAAAUCAGCCGGAAGAACGCCAGCGAAUUGAAGUGCCGGAAACUGGUCCAGCCGACGAGGGAGCUUUCUUCAACCCCGUACAAGUCUCAUACCAUCAACUGAGAGCAAAGUCGCGAAUGGACAAAGUUGAAGCGAAUGCACAACUGGAACUUCACACUAAAACGCUGAUGGAACGCAUGAGUCAAGUCGAGGCACGGGCCUUUGCGGGUGAUCCUAUGGCGAUGCAGUCCUUUAUAUCGGAUGCUAGGCAAAUGGUGACUGAAUUUCGACAAGCUCGUGUCCUGUACCCAAAAGAGCGGGGCGUCAAAUUCUACGUCCGGUCAAAGGUCAAGAGGAUCGAUCUAUCCGAAUAUCAGGGCGCCACGGGAGAUGACGAGCAACGACUGGAGGAUCGGAUCAAUGAGGAAUCCGAGGAAGAUGCGCCUGCUACAGCUCCCGAUGAUCAGCUUGUUCAGAAGAUCAGAACGCAUUUCUUGGAUGUUUCAGCAGAACAAUGGUUGGAAAUCACAUUAAAGCUCUCGACCCUCCUGCUACGUGAUAACCGAGCAUUCGAAGUGGUUCAGAUGUGCCAGCACAUGUCUCAGACAGUGAUCUUCCAGCCCGAAAAGUUCAAAGUCCGAUUGCAUCUCGUGGCCAUGUCGGGUGCCAUGCGCAUGGGCGACCUGAGUACAGUCCUAGAUGAGAUCCGAUUCUUCACUGCUUACUACCAAUACCGCAUCGAACCCUGGCAACUCAUAGCAGCGCUCGGCUCUGGGUCUCUGGCGGCGGACAGAUUCUCGAAUACAAUCUGGCAGAAAUACAUGUUGCGACAGCUUCGCCUCUGGAAUAGUGCCGCUAACGGUGCAGAAGUCUUCUGGCACGAUCCGAUCGGUCGCUGGGUAUUACCGCAAACUGAAAAUCAAAAGCAAGGCAUCACGCCCGUAGCCAACAUCCGCGGAGAACGGCUCGUUGACGCUAGGCAGAACUUUCGGAAGAAACGUGACCACGAGGCAGAACCCGACGCAGAUGUCUCGGAAGGGUCCGAUCACGAUGAGGUCCUGGAAGAGACGGUGAUGACAAAACAAGCUUUACGAGCAAUUUUGUUCCCUGGGUACAGGCCGGACAAGCCACCAGUCCCCAAAAAGAGAGGUAUCGCUCUCGAAUUCAUCUAUGGUCAAUGUUUGGCAUCAGCAAGAAGUUGGCAAGGGGCGAUCGCUUACUACCUGCGUGCCUAUCGUGUCAAUCCAUACGACUCGCUUCUGUGCUUGUCAUUGGCUCACGCAUACUUGGCGAGAAGUCUGCAACGGCAAUGUGACAACAAGAUGCACAUGACGACGCUCGGCGCGAGCUUUCUUAACCGUUACCGCGCACUGAGGAAGAACGAAGGUGAUCGGGAUCUAGCGAUUGAGAUCGAGUACAACUUCGGUCGAGCGUUCCACGGACUAGGAGUAUUGAACCUCGCUGUGAAGCACUAUCGUCAGGCCCUUGGCGAGGUGGAAGCAAGCAUGGGGGAAGCGGAAGAUCCAGAGACUGUUCGAGAGGAAUCGCCCGCACGAGAAGCAGCAUACAAUUUGAUGUCAAUCUUUCUCCUCACGGGCUCGCCGCUCUUGGCAAAGAACAUCAGCGAUAAAUGGCUGGCGGUUUAGACGAUUUCCAUUCUCUGAUUGUGUGACGCAAAAUUUGUGCCGUUGUAAAGGCUCUUUGCCAAUGUAUCGAACAUCCGUUAUUAUGAUAUAUGCCCGCAUGACAUGAUGAAACAGAAUGUUCAGGAUC